AUGCUACGUUCGGCGACCCUCCUCCGGGCAUUCGCAGCCCCGUCACGGCUGGCCCUCCCGAAAGCCGCCUCCCCCUCAAUAGCUCUCGCCGCGCGCAACUACUCAACACCCUCCCAAUCCCCUUCUCCAGAACUGACGGGCACAACCUCGACCCCCCAACCACCAACCCCCCCUAAAAGCGCCUUGACUGCGGAGCCGCCCCUUACAUACUCCGUGGGCCGCACGCCGUCCGGCCACCUGUCCGUGUACCAGCUGUCGAAGCGUGGCGGCAACAAGUCGUUGACGGUCAUCAAGAACAUCGAGGGCGACCGGGCACCGCUCCGGGCGGGGCUGGUAGAGCUGCUGGGGAUGGAGGAGAAAAAAGUGGUGGUGAAUAAUCUGACGGGCCAUAUCACUGUCAAGGGGCACCAUAAGUCCGUGAUCACGAAGUGGCUGGAGACACAGGGGCUCUGA